AUGGAUGUUCCGCAGAGGAGAACUUUGCUCACUCAGAGGCCUUCGCCUCCUCUCGGCCCUCCAGACGGAGUGGCCCGAUGGGAAUUGGCAGGGGGGGCCUGCCCGAUCGAGAUCCGGUUCCGUACACGCUCAGUCCCACUGUGUACACUCGACCAAGAUCUCAAAGAGUUCACGGUCAAGGCUGGAGUUUCUCCAGACCAGGAGACCACGCUGCGGUUCGAGGUCAAAAGGAGGGAUUCACCAUUCUCCUGCAUGCGCGGGUGGGUCGACUGGGCCCAGGGCUGGAUCUGGGUCCAGUCUUUCGAUAGGAACAACGCGAGGCUCAUGUACUACGCACCAGGUAGGUGUGGGCCGGAGACUCCCUGUCUGAAGCAAAUGACGGCGGCUGUGUGGGCGCAGCAUAUGGCCCCCCCAGGAUCCGACCCGAUCCUGAAAUUCGUCGCCAUGGUCGAUGCAGGGGACCCUGAGAUCCGGGGGAUGUUGCGCUCGCUAGCGCCCGAUCUGACAGCUCGUUGUUGUUUCGAGAUCUCUCGUUCUGCACCCAUGAUGUGCGGCAGCUGGUUGGAGCUUUCGACAUCUCAGGCUGAGGAGGUCUUGACAAUACUCUGCAAACUGGUAGUCCCACCUCCGGGUACCUUUGGCGACAAGGUGUAUCCGGAGAGUGCUCGGUGUUUGGUCCGGGCUGGCAUCACGGCACAGUAUGAUGUAGUGAUCAAGUUCAAGCGUAAAACGGUGCCCGUGGUCCGGUUUGCCAAAGAGUCCCAAUGA